CACAAACCAAUGCGCCGUGCGACCCGACGCUGCUAGCGCGCUUGCGCAGAAGCUGGAGGUGACACCGGCAGCAUGGCGGUGUGGGGAGCGCUUGGCAGGUUUCUAACACUGAAGCCUUCAGUACUCGUUUUCUGCGCACAGCAUAGGACAUUUGGAAGUCUGUUCCGCAGCAUCAGUCAGACAGAGAUCUUGUCCUCAGGCUGCGGGAUCCUGUCCAGGAAUUUACCUUCAAACUGGAGCUUGCUGCCAGUCCGUACCAAGAAGAGGGGUAUGGAAUACCAACCUAAAUUCCUGAAACGCCAGAGAACUCAUGGUUGGGUAAAGCGCAUAAGCACAAGAGGUGGCAUUGAAGUAAUUCUUCGCAGGAUGUUGAAAGGAAGGAAAUCGUUGACUGUCUGAAAAGGGACAACUUUUGAUGAUCCAUCGGUCACAGUUGUGACUUCUCUUCCCACUUUAAAUCCAGUCCUGUGUAUCUCCUAUAAUUGUUGCCAGGUUUGGUUUGUACAGACAAUUAGCUACAUAAAAUGGAAGUGCUGUAUUGCUUGUUCCAGAGUAAAACUGCUUGUUCUAUAAG